GACCCGCGGAGGGUAUCAGGACCGGUCAAGGGCCGCAGACAUAAUUUCAAAAUGUCCGCCAGAGGUGCAGAUUCAGGAUAUGAUCCUCGUAGACCAAAUAGAAUUUAUCGUUAUAAGCCGUCAUCAAACAAGCCUGGUGAUGAUCCUACUGCAGAUUACCUUAAUCUGAUGGGCAUGAUAUUUAGUAUGUGUGGAUUAAUGAUGAGGAUGAAAUGGGCUGCUUGGGCUGCUGUGUACUGCUCAUUUAUUAGCUUCGCAAACUCUCGUGCGUCUGAAGAUGCCAGACAAAUGUUUAGCAGCUUUUUGUUAUCAGUUUCAGCUGUUGUUAUGUCUUACCUUCAAAAUCCACAACCAAUGGCAGCCAGUUGGUAGUACAGAUCGUGGCAUGCAUUGAUAGAUACGUACUUACAAAUCUGCUGCUGUGAAGAGUGUUGGGGGAAAUCAUGCUAUAUUUAUAUGAACUGCUUAAUUUAUGCUGCUUUUUUCUGUUUGUUUUCUUUUUUGCUUUUUAUAACCAUUCUACUCAGCUGGAACAUUUGAAGCAAAGUUCAGUUUUUUUAAGUUUCAAACUACCUCUAGGAAAUGUUUCGGGGUUUGUUCGCGUCAUCAUUGAAAAGCUGAUCAGUUUAUUGUAAAUUUUUACGUAUGUGACAUAAACCUCCUCGGUGACAUGCAUGUCUACGUAAUUAAAUUGCUUUCUUAGCUAAUUAGAAUUAGUGUAUAUAAUUAACCAAUCGUGUUUUUACCCUCUUAACUGAUAAUUCUCCUCUGUCUAUUCGUAAGAUGUUUUACUACCAAGCACAGUAGGCAACUCUUUGAUUUCGUCACUAUAACGUUUUAUGAGGGCCCAGUCAACCAACGCCCUAAAUUUCGCGAAUUCUGCGACUUGGGCGAUCUACCGCAAAAAUUAAUUCCCGCAAAUUCGUUUAUGCGCGAAAUUUUCUGUAAUAGCAUACUGGAUCAGAAUUUUGACAACGAUUAGUGGGAAAUGAGCUCUUGGAGAUUUGCUGCCGCUCAUAUUUUGCAAGAUGAGUUUAAUGACGAAGCGAACGAGACUGAAACACAGUAUUUUUGUUUCUGUUAAAUUUGUGACUUAAAUUCCAUAUAAUCUUAUUUUUCUUUACUUAAAUAUUUUUAAAAAAAUAGAAUACAAGCUUCAAUGAA